AUGCCAUCCACGGAAGAGAGAUCCGCCAAUGGCGAUGCAAGCUACAAGAUAGAGUUCACGAAGUUCUACAACACCAUCAACAACGAGCUGAGCUCAACCGCCACGACGCGUCACAGCAUUGACCCCGCGACACAAGGGACCCUUGCCGAAGUGCCCGUCUCGACGAAAGCCGACCUUGAUGCUGCCGUCAAGCACGCCAGGGCUGCAUUCCCUCCAUGGGCCGCGACGCCAUGGGAAGAGCGUGCUGCGAAGUUGCGCGCAUUCGCCGACGCUAUUGAGGUCAACAAGCACGAGAUCACGCACAUGGUUGUGCUUGAAUCGGGCAAGGCCAUCACCACGGCGAACAUCGAGGUCAGCUUAGCCGUCAACCAUCUCCGUGAGACGGCAAAGCUGCAGCUCCCGGAAGAGGUACUCGAAGACACCGACGAGCGCACCACCAUCGUGCGAUAUCCCCCCAUCGGCGUUGCGGCCGCCAUCGUUCCCUGGAAUUGGCCACUCCUUCUUUGCGUGGGUAAACUGGGACCGGCAUUGCUUGCUGGAAAUACGAUCAUCAUAAAGCCGUCACCGUUCACGCCGUACACGGACUUGAAGCUCGGUGAGCUGGGCGCGAAGGUCUUCCCUCCAGGCGUCUUGCAGGUCCUGAGCGGCGAUGAUGACCUGGGCCCCAUGAUCACGGAGCACCCAGGCAUCGACAAGAUCAGCUUUACUGGAUCCACCUUUACGGGGAAGAAGGUCAUGGAGAGCUGCAGUCGGACGCUCAAGAGAGUGACACUCGAGCUCGGUGGCAACGACGCCGCGAUCAUAUACCCAGACGUUGACCUUGACAAAGUGGUUCCCAAGAUCGCGAUACUGGCCUUCCUAAGUACCGGCCAGGUUUGCAUGCUCGUCAAGCGUAUUUACGUCCACGCAUCCAUCUACGAGAGCUUCCGCGACGCCCUCGUCGCGUUCACGAGGAACCUUCGCACUGGUCCUGGCUCGGACCCUGAAGUCUUCUGUGGCCCCAUCCAGAACAGCAUGCAGUUCGCCAAAGUGCAGGACAUGUACGCGAGCAUCGCGAAAGAAGGCUGGACAGCCGCGCUCGGCGGCGUAGAUGCGGGGCCGGAGCACCACUCUGGUGGCUACUUCAUCGAGCCCGCCAUUAUUGACAAUCCGCCUGACGACUCACGUAUCGUGACCGAGGAGCCGUUUGGGCCAAUUGUGCCGCUGCUGAAGUGGGAGGACGAAGAAGAUGUCGUUCAUCGCGCGAACGAUACGAAGAUGGGCUUGGGAGCGUCGGUCUGGAGUAAGGAUAUCCAGCGCGCGCAUCGCGUUGCCAGGAAACUGGAGGCGGGGAGCGUAUGGGUGAACUCGCAUUUUGAUGUUUCACCGAAUGUUCCCUUCGGCGGACACAAGUGGUCGGGGCUUGGCAUGGAGUGGGGCGUUAGAGGAUUGAAGGAGUGGUGCAAUACGCAGUCGUUGUGGUUGAGGAAGGACUUUUGA